UUGCUGUUCCGCUUUCAAGCAGUUAUUGUUUAUGUUCUACUGCCGUUGCUCCGGUCUACAUAUUAAAUAAGUUGUUUGCCGCUAUGUCUCUCAAAGAAGAAGAUUCUCAGAAGAAAGGAUUCUGUGUCGGCCGUUUUAAGAAGCUCGGGGCAUUCUUUUCCCGGUCCGUAGUCGAGGAAACCAAGACCAGGACAGUUUCUCUUCCUAGUAUUUACCUUGAGGAGGAGGAGGGGGAGUUCUGGGAAGUAUCUCCUGAUCCUAUUUACCAGAAUAUCGACUGUAUCUCUCUGAAUCGAUAUCAGAUAUCAGGUUCGGACUCCGAGAGUGGAAGUGAGUACGAUUACUGUGAUCACAGUUUGAUUGUUGAAGAGAAUAAAAUACCAGAUUGUGAAUCAUAUCCUGAUCACAGAGCUUCUGUCAAGCAGCAGGAUAAUAUCUACACUGAUCCAGAUAAUCUCAGAGAUAAGAGGUCUGACAGUUUAGCUGCAGAUCCUGCUGAACAUCAGUAUACUGAUAUAAUCCCAGAGAUAGACACUUCUGAUUCUUUGAGUGUCUUGUAUAACAGCAUCUGUUUAAAGUUACCUCAGGACACUGUUAAAAGUAACGAGCUUCCUGUUUAUCACAGUAAACCCGGAGAUCUACUUUUACCUGUCUUCUCAAAAUCUAGAGAGAUAGUUACCUUCGCACCAGUUACCUUCGAACCAGUUUCACCAACAACUGAGUCCGUGCAACCAACUGAUUUAGCUCCCGCAUCUGUUCAUCCAGCUGACACUUCUGAAACAGUUCACCCAGAAGAUACUUCUGAAACAGUUCAUCGAGCUGGUAAAGAAGAUAACGAUCAGACUAAAACAGAGGAAGACGUCGAGUCUGUUUGUGAUAGAUCUGAUACUACAGCUUUAAACAGUUCUGUAGAGACACAAGAGGGUAUUGAGACCGAAAGUGAAAGUGGUGACAAAACCUCUGACGCACCAAUUGAAAAAAGAAAAGUUGUUACUGAGAAGUCAUACGAACAAUUCAGCCACAAAGUUUCAGCUUUAAGACAGAAGCUCGAGUUUAAAUCACAAACGAAACAAGAAAUAUUCAAAAAGUACACCUCAAACCAACGCCCAAAACUCAAGCCGAAACCCAAACUCUCAGCCAUGGCAGACAUAUCUGACGGUGAUGGAACUGGCUCCAAAUUCAAAAACAUCAGGAUGAUGUUCGAGAGCCAGGGACAAGCAAGCCCGCCAGUAUCCCAAAAACCCAAAAAGAUCUCAGUCACAGCUCCCCCUAAAAUCAACGGAAACAGCACAACAGAAACACCAGAGACAAGAAACAGGAGUUCAGCCGGAGCGGAUGGGAAGAGCCAGGUAUUACGGAAACACCCAGUACUCACACCCACUGACCACAGGGCCAACCCUCUAGCUACGGUCUCCAACAUCUCAACAGAUAAUCGACUUAGUGUCCCAGAAAGUAACAGAUCUUCUGCUCUCUCUGACAUAUCGUCCAGUGAGGACGAGGCUCCCAUAGUCUCCGAGUGUGAUACACAAGACCAGGAAAGCGAUGUUGGGGAAGAAGAACACGACGCAACCUACGAGGAAGAAAUGACCAAACGAAGAGAAGAGACGCCCCAAGAGAAAAACAAAAGAAGGAGGUUUAAAAUUGCCGAAGAGUUAUAUACGACAGAGGAAGCCUACUAUUCAACUUUAACUUUAAUCAACGAAACUUUCAGAAAUAGAUUAAAAGAUGAUGAAGGGGUGUACAUGUUCCCCGACAAGACUAUCAGAGAAAUCUUCAUAAACACCCACGAGUUACAGAAUCUUCACGUGGUUUUACGAGAUAGGCUCAAAGAUAGAAUUGAAAAUUGGCAGUUACGUCCGAGGAUAGGAGAUAUAAUGAAGUCCAUAGCUCCCUACUUCCAGCUUUAUACCGACUACAUGGCCAAGUUUGAGAAUGCCAUUAAGACCCUUAAUGAGAUGUCCGCUAAAAACGAGAAUUUCUCUCAGAUCGUCAAAGAUUUAGAGGCAGAUGAUGAACAUUGCCAGAAGCUCAAAAUCUCACAACACAUGUUGGGUCCAGUUCAGAGGAUACCAAGAUACAGGAUGUUAUUAGAGCAGUACAUAGAGAGACUGGACGAGACAAGUCCUGAUUAUCCAGAUGUUAAAGAUAGUUUGGACAAGGUCGCUCUCGCUGCUAACAAAGCCAACGAUAACAUCACUAAACUGGAGAAUUUCCAGCUAGUAUCACAGCUGUUAAGUAACGUGAGCGGUCUGGGGUUGACGUUAGAGAAACAAGAAACUAGGGCCCCCAUGGUUUACAUAAAACAUGGGAAAAUAAUGAAAAUGAGUAGACGGAACAUACAGGACAGAUUUAUAUUCCUGUUUAGUGAUGUGAUACUUAUAUGCAAGAUAGAGGGUCACGGUAAAUACAAAUGUAACAAAAAGAUCUUCGUCAGUGACUUGAGGAGUAUAGCGGAUAACAGCGACCCUAACAUGACCUACCCCUUUGAGCUCAUCACGAAGAAAAGUUCCUUUAUUCUCGGGGGAAAGGACGAACCUGAGAAAAGGAGUUGGAUGGCGGCGUUUGGCCGAGUAAUGGCGGGAGGAGGUCAGGCUACUACGACUGCAUCCCCUCAGAGACUUGGACUUGUAGCACCGGUUUGGAUUCCCGAUAAUGGAGUGUCUAUGUGUAUGAGCUGUGAGAGAACCUUCACCACCAUUGUCCGCAGACACCACUGUAGAGCUUGUGGCAAGGUUUACUGCAGUAUGUGCUCUUCAAACAAACAGUGGCUAGCAUUUGACAACAAGAACGGACGUGUUUGUGACUCUUGUAACACUAUCCUGUCCGCUAGAGACGGUCUGGACGAUAAAACCAGGAAAACUCGUGGUUUGACGAACAGCAAUUUCUUCCCCGGUACUAAAGACAUGUCAGAGGAAAUACCCGACAGUACUCUUACCAAGGGAACAAUACAAUCCGGCUCCAUCAACGGCCACAUCUUGGUUAAAGUUGGAGAGGGGCACUAUCAGAAAUAUUGGUGUGUAGUAAGAGGUGUCAUUCUUCAUCUUUACGCGGGAACCUAUGACAAGAAGGCUAAGAAGGAAAUGCCGCUUUUAGGCUGGAAUAUUGCGGAACCACAAGAUUGUGACAAAGUGCAGGAUGUCACCCUUACUUUAAAGGUUGGACACCAAGGUUUAGACCCAAUGUUCCUAAAGUUUCAAUCAGAAUCAGAGAAAGAGAAGUGGUAUGAAGCUCUCGAAAAAGCUACUUUUGUGGACUGACCUCUUCAAAAUUGUGAUAACAACAAAAUAAUCAUUUUUGUACUCUCGUAACUCGAUUUGGCUACAAAUUACAUUUUUUUGCCGAAGAUGAGGAUUGUAAAUUGAAGAGUUUUGCAUUAUAUUAGUAAUAGCUUAAACUCAAAAUUGGAGGCCGUUAAUCUGUCUGGCCAUUUUAAAAUUUGAUUUGAUAAUGUUUUGUAAAAACUCAGACUUGUAAUUUUUAAUCUAAUUUUGUGAUAAGUAGCUUCCUCCAAUUACACUGAUUUUGGAGGUAAUUUGUUGAUCACUGCCACUGAUUGUGAAAUUCAUUACUUUUGUCGACUUCUUAAAUUUUUGAUAAGUUUUUAAUUUUCAAAUUAUUAAUAUUUCUUAUCACUAAUGACGGAGAGAAGGAACAAAUUAAUUUUGACGCAUCAUUGCAACUCGUUAUGUCUAUGGUCGGAAAUAGUUUCGUGAAACCAAAGUACAAUAGCUGAACUUUGUCCCUUCUCCAGGCAUUCGAAAGAUAAAAUUCGAUUCUCAUUGUUGAGUUGGGUUUUUUACGGGUUUAUCUUAGUUUUUUGUACGUCUCACAUGAGCAAAGCUUCAUUAAAUAGUUUUAAAACUUGUGGGAUAUCGCAAGGCUGUAAAUCCUCGUCCAAUUUGAAACUGCUUUCUUGGGAUUUGUGGACGUUUGCAAUGAAAUGUCAUCAAAUUUGUGACAAAAUUAGUUUCGAAUUUAGUUUAUAAAAGAAUGAUCAAGAUUUAUCGAACGUAAAAACAAGCCAUGUAAUGUGUUUUAUAUUUCUGUAAUUAUUGUUCCAGGUUUUGCGAGCAUAUUGAUAAUAUUAAUAUUUGUAGAAUAUUGAAGCUUUGAUAAUCUACAUCAAUAUGUGGCUGAGAUCUAUUUUUACACUCAUGUGGUGUGGGGUCGUUCACAUAUUAAGUAAUCACUUUUUGGAAAAUUUGUAACCCCCUCCCCCCUCCGUAAUCAGUUUUACACAUAGCUAUUGUGUCAAACUUACACUAGCGUAAUCAUUUGGAUCCUCCCUCGGCUGAUACCUUAUCGGACCUUAUUUGGACGGACAUUACUUGAACGGACAUAAUUAUGAACGGACAUUAAUAUGAACGCUAGAAGGCAAUCAAAACCAUCAAAAAUCCGAAUUUUUUUCAUCUUUUUUUAACGUUUUUUUAAU